GUGUCUUCAGUGCUCCAGUGUCUGGUGGCUUUGAGAGACUGACCGUGUUGAUCUGUUAUUCCUCUGAUGCAGGUGUCUUCAGUGCUCCAGUGUCUGGUGGCUUUGAGAGACUGACCGUGUUGAUCUGUUAUUCCUCUGAUGCAGGUGUCUUCAGUGCUCCAGUGUCUGGUGGCUUUGAGAGACUGACCGUGUUGAUCUGUUAUUCCUCUGAUGCAGGUGUCUUCAGUGCUCCAGUGUCUGGUGGCUUUGAGAGACUGACCGUGUUGAUCUGUUAUUCCUCUGAUGCAGGUGUCUUCAGUGCUCCAGUGUCUGGUGGCUUUGAGAGACUGACCGUGUUGAUCUGUUAUUCCUCUGAUGCAGGUGUCUUCAGUGCUCCAGUGUCUGGUGGCUUUGAGAGACUGACCGUGUUGAUCUGUUAUUCCUCUGAUGCAGGUGUCUUCAGUGCUCCAGUGUCUGGUGGCUUUGAGAGACCGACCGUGUUGAUCUGUUAUUCCUCUGAUGCAGGUGUCUUCAGUGCUCCAGUGUCUGGUGGCUUUGAGAGACCGACCGUGUUGAUCUGUUAUUCCUCUGAUGCAGGUGUCUUCAGUGCUCUAGUGUCUGGUGGCUUUGAGAGACCGACCGUGUUGAUCUGUUAUUCCUCUGAUGCAGGUGUCUUCAGUGCUCCAGUGAGAGGAGUACAUGGACUUUGGGACGAACGAGAGGCCCCUGAUGAUGGUCACCUGGCCUACCAGAAUGGAGACAUUCUACAAGAGAGAUAUGAGGUUAUCAGUCUGUUGGGAGAGGGCACCUUUGGGAAGGUGGUGACGUGUGUGGACCGGCACAGGGCUGGGGCACGUGUAGCUCUGAAGAUCAUUAAGAACAUGGAGAAGUACAGACAAGCUGCUAAACUGGAGAUCAAUGUCCUGGAGAAAAUCAACGAGAAAGACCCACACAACAAACAUCAAUGUGUUCAGAUGCUGGACUGGUUUGACUACCAUGGUCAUGUGUGUAUCUCCAUGGAGCUGCUAGCCCUCAGCACUUUUGACUUCCUGAAGGAGAACAACUUCCUGCCGUACUGUAUGGAUCACAUCCGCCAGAUGGCCUACCAGAUCUGCCUCGCUGUCAACUUUCUCCAUAUCAACAAGCUGACCCACACUGACCUCAAACCUGAGAACAUCCUGUUUGUCAACUCUGACUACACCAUCACUUACAACGCUGAGAAGAAGCGGGAUGAGAGGAAAGUGAAGGAUACAACAGUAAGGCUGGUGGAUUUUGGCAGUGCCACGUUUGACCAGGAACACCACAGCACCACCAUAUCUACACGCCACUACCGUGCUCCUGAAGUUAUUCUGGAGCUGGGCUGGAGUCAUCCGUGUGAUGUCUGGAGUAUCGGCUGCAUCCUGUUUGAGUACUAUGAAGGCUUCACCCUAUAUCAGACCCAUGACAACCAGGAGCACCUGGCCAUGAUGGAGAGAGUACGGGGACCUCUCCCUCUACGAUGA